CUAACAAUAACAACUAUUUCAAGUUUUUAGUUCAGACAAUAUAAAUCAUAUUUUUGUUGUCCACACUUUCAACUUCAAGCAUUCUAUUUUGAACAAUGCAUGUAUUGGAAAUAUAAUGAUGAGAUUGGAAAAAAUGUCUACCAUGGUAUAGUUUGCUCUUGCCUUUCUACAGGCAAUUUCAACCCGCCCGGCGGGUAUUACCCAACCCGACCAGCGAUGGGGUGGGUAUUACCCUACCCACAGUAGCGUGGCGCGGGGCAUGAGUAUCUACUUCCGCCCCGUUCUAUAUUCAUUUUAUCUCAAUUUCUUAUAGCGUGGGGCUGGACAUGGAAAUAGAGGUACCCGCCCUGCCCCAUUGCCAUCACUACUUUCUGUCGCUUGUAACUAGUUGUAUGUACAUUCUUUUAAUUUCUAUUUCUUGAAUAAUAAUUACUACCACCACUAACAAAAAAACAAACUUCUGCCUGAGCCCAAGUUGAUAUAGAGUCCUACUAUAUGAAAUAAUUAAAUUGGUUAAAUCACAUUUUAAGUAUAUAAUACCAAGGAGUGUGAAUUCGUACUGUGAGUUUUACCGUAAAAGUCGGUGAUAUGAUAUUUUGUUCUAAAACCUAGUUUAACUAUUGAUCAACCAUUUCAUAUUACUAAAAUCACCUACUGAUUUGGUAUCAAUAUUCGAUAUUUUCGAUUCAACCAACCGAUAUAAUAAGGAUUCUAAAACAUAGCUGUAUCAGCCUGCGUUUUUUCUACACAAUUUCCGAUAUCGUUUUGGCAUUCUUGUUAAAAACACUAGCAAAUCAUACGUUACAAAAGCAUUUUAUUCCUAAUCUAUGGUCCUGUUUCUCGGCGAGAAAACUCUUGUUGAAAUGAGAUGGAUUGCACCUUUGACUUCUAUGGACAACGAUUUCUAAGACACGGCUCAAACCUCUUCAAACAAAGUUUGAACGAGGGUGUUUGAUUGAUAGUUUUUGGGAAUGAGAUCUAAAUUAAAUUACUUCUACUCCUAUGGAGGUUCGGAGAGAGCUCCAAACUACGAACUACAUCUAUUGCUACAUGAUAGAGAAAAGGUAAAGGAUAAACUUGACAUGUGUGUCAGAGUGUUGGUUUUUGAACCCCUUGUCUCUGUCGACCCCUCUUAUUUAUAGCCCCGAGGAGGUAACCGCCAUAAAAAAACCGCUUGUUGGAUAACUACUACAAAGAACCGCUCCUCCUUCUUCGGUAGAAAACCGCCUCUUGGAUAACUCCCAAAAAGAACUGCUCCCUGCUUCCUUGGAGUGGUGGUUACUCCUUCAACCGCCUAGGUGCCUCUCUUGGAACCGUCGUGGGUUUUGGAGUGUAGCUUGUCUCGCCUGGUCUUGUUCUGAAUCUCGUGCCAUGCUAGUCUUUUGACGAGCAUGUAGUGUCUCGCAAAGGGGGUCGUGGUCUUCUUGCCUCACGGCCAUGGACUUCUUACUCAUGUCCAUGGCCUUCUUGUCUUACGGCCAUGAACUUCUUACUCAUGUCCAUGACCUUCUUGUCUAACGGUCAUGGACCUCUUGAGACAUAUUCACUAGUGAUAUAAUGCUCCAUCACCACGCCCUUCUCAUUCGUGUCCAUGGCCACUCUUGUGAAGUGGCAUUGACUUCUCAAUCAUGCACAAGGACCCUCUCAUGAGGCGGCAUGGCCUUUUCAUACUUUGUAUUUUCAAUCAUUUCUAAUGCUUCUUGCUUCGCGUCCAUGGCCAUCACAUGACACGACCAUGGACCUCUUAAUCAUGCACAUGACCCUUCUCGUGAGGCGGCAUGACCUUCUCAGACUUAGUAUAUUUUGGAUCAUGAGGCGACAUGGUCUCCUCAUUCGCGGCCAUGGACUUCUCAGUCAUGUCUGUGGCCCUUCUCGUGACACGGCAUGAUCCUCUCAUACUUAGUAUGCAUGAUCCUCUCAUACUUAGUAUCUUUUCUUGCGUUCUCGUUGAAGUGGCACAUGCUUCUCCUUAUGCACAUGACCCUUCUCGUGAGGCGGCAUGACCUUCUCAGACUUAGUAUAUUUUGGAUCAUGAGGCGACAUGGUCUCCUCAUUCGCGGCCAUGGACUUCUCAGUCAUGUCUGUGGCCCUUCUCGUGACACGGCAUGAUCCUCUCAUACUUAGUAUCUUUUCUUGCGUUCUCGUUGAAGUGGCACAUGCUUCUCCUUGAAGCGAUAUGUACCUCUUCCAGACUUAGUUUAUUUUUCAGUCAUUCGGUAUUGGUCGCGGGGCGGCAUGUGCUCCUCACUUUCUAGAUGGACAUGGCCCUCUUUGUUGAGACGGCAUGUCCUCUUCAUUCAUGGCCAUGGACUUCUCAUACUUAGAAAUUUUUAUGCCAUCUCGUGGCAUGGCAUGGCCUCUUACGAGAGGCCCAUGUCCCUUAUUGAAUCAUGUUCAUGCUCAUUAAUGAGCUAGUGACUUAGGUUUAAAAUCAAUAUCCAUAAGACCCAAUUUAAACAACAUUAAUUGUUAUAAUGGGUGUGGCCUUAUAAACUUCUUGAUUAUCUUGUAACUCAUCAAUGUGGUACAAGACAAAAUUUAUGGCGUAAACAGGUCCAUUUUCCGGGUAGACCCAACCUUUUUUUUUUACAUCAACCCGAGCGCAGCUGAUUACACAGCUUGCCUCUCUCUCUCUCUCUCUCUCUCUCUCUCUGUGUGGAAAUAUACAGCAGCUUCGCUUUCACCUGAAAACAAUACAGCUAUUUUACCAAAAAAAAAAAAAAAAAAACAAUACAGCUACGUCAUCGUCACGCUCACUAUUCUGCCAGUCAUCACUACGCCAAUAGCUCUCUCUCUGUAACCCCUCAUUUCCCCUUUCUUGCUUUACUCUCAGCUGAGGAAUAGCAACGACGCGAGAGGAGAGGGGAGGGAAGGGAGGAAAGCAGACGGGAGUAUCAAGUGACGAGUAGUUAAGGCUUCAGAAGGAGACCGAUAAAAGGAGCCCUCACUCUUUGACCGCUCCACUCUCCGGUAAUUCCCUCCGUCCAAAUUCCUGUUGCUGAGUAAGAAUAGGACCCGUUCUUUCUCUCUCUCUCUCUCUCUCUCUCUCUCUCUCUCUCUCUCUCUCUCUCUCUGUUUGCUGUUUGAGAAACAAUGUGGGGUUUCUUCUUUCCGUUUCUGAACCAAUUUUGUAUUGCGUUCGCGAUGCUUCAAUUCAUGAUUAGAUGCUCUAGUUUUGCUUUGCCAGGUUCCACAGUUUAGUUAACCGUAGUAUGUUGCGGCACCCACAUGGAUGAUGAAAUGCAUGUAUGUCAGAGAGGGAAUUUAGGGUUCAUCUAGGGUUUUAUGGGGGGUUUCUCUGAAGGGGAUAAUGAGUCUAUUUGUGUUCGAUAUUAGCUUUGCUCGUUGAUGGUGCAUUUCUUUUUUCCUCAAUCGGAAUUGAGGUGUGUGAUUCUGUUUUUUCGACUUGUCAAUAGUUUGAGCUAUGAGUCAAUCUUCUGAGGAAGAGUCGGACAUCAGCGAGUCAGAGAUUAAUGAUUAUGUGGACAAACCAUACGAGAAGCUGCAAUCUCAGGCUUACAAAGUUCAGGUCCACGGGACUUUGAAAUGCCCCUUCUGUGCUGGGAAGAAAAAGCAAGGAUACAAGUACAAGGAGUUGCUUCAACACGCGUCAGGAGUGGGCAAGGGUGCUGCCAGUAGGAGCGGGAAGCAAAAAGCUAACCACCUUGCCUUGGCAAAGUAUUUGGAAAUUGAUUUAGCUGAUCUAGCUGAUGAGACGCUGACUCGACCUUUACCUCAAGUCACCAAUCCAUCUUCGGACCAAGAGGACAAGUUUGCAUGGCCGUGGAUGGGAAUUGUGGUGAACAUGUCUGCUGUGAAAUCAGCGGAUUCCCAAGGACAAGAAGAAAAUGACUACUGGUCAAGAACUUUUGCCAAGUACAAACCUGCAAAAGUGCAUGUUUUGUGGAAUGAGAAUCACCAGGCUAGUCAAGCUGUACUGCAUUUUGACAGUGAUUGGAAUGGUUUCACAAAAGCAACCGAUUUUGAAAAGUCGUUUGAAAGUCAUCGUCAUGGUAAGAAGGAUUGGAAGGCACGCGAAAAUGCUCCCGGGUCAAGUUUCUAUGGCUGGUGUGCACGUAGUGACGACUAUAAUUCGGAUGGACCAGUAGGGGAGUAUCUCCGGAAAGAAGCAAAGCUGACUACAAUCUCUGGCAUUGUUCAAGAAACCAAUCAAAACAGAAAUACAGUGGUAGCUGGCCUGACAGAAGAAAUUGCCAAGACCAAUCAAGAUCUUGAUAAAUUACAGAGUAUGUACAAUGAGAAUGCAAUGACAUUAAGCAGAACACUAGAAGAGAAAGACAAGUUGCAUAAUGCUUUUGUUGAAGAAACAAGGAAGAUGCAGCGGGUUGCACGAGACAAUGUUCACAGAAUUUUGGCUGAGCAGGAAAGAAUGAACAAUGAAUUGGAGUUGAGGAAAAAGAAAAUUGAUAACUGGACUAAAGAAUUGAAUAAGCGAGAAGCAUUAACAGACCGUGAGAGGCAAAGGCUUGAUGAGGACAUGAAGAAGAAUGACGUUGUAAACAACUCGCUCAAUUUGGCAUCAAUGGAGCAGAAGAAGGCUGAUGAGAAUGUUCUAAGACUGGUUGAAGAGCAAAAGAGGGAAAAAGAGGAGGCCUUAAAUAAGAUCAUUCAGUUGGAGAAGCAGCUUGAUGCAAAACAGAAGCUUGAAAUGGAAAUUCAGGAGCUAAAGGGGAAACUAAACGUGAUGAAACAUCUUGAGGAUCAGGAUGAUGCAGCUGUUAAGAAAACCAUGAAAGAGUAUCAUGAUGAGUUGGAGCAGAAAAUAGAGGAUCUGAAUAGUGUAGAGACUCUUAAUCAAACUCUCAUUGUAAAAGAGCGUCAAAGCAAUGAUGAGCUGCAAGAAGCACGGAAGCUGCUCAUAGAGGGCCUGUGUGAUACCUUAUCUGAUAAGGCUCGCACCAUCAUUGGGAUAAAGAGGAUGGGCGAACUGGAUGAAAAGGCUUUCUAUAAUGCAUGCAAAAAGAAAUAUCCGCCCGGAGAUGCUGAGGUCACUGCUGCAACACUAUGCAGCUCCUGGCAGGAGAAUCUGAAAGAUUCUGAAUGGUACCCCUUUAAAGUCAUUAUUGUCGAUGGGACCGAGAAGGGAAUUGUGAAUGAUGAAGAUGAAAAAUUGAAAGGUCUCCGUCAGGAGCAUGGCGAGGAGAUAUACUCAGCUGUGGUUACUGCCCUGAAGGAAUUGAAUGAGUAUAAUCCAAGUGGGAGGUAUAUUAUUCGUGAGCUCUGGAAUUACAAAGAAGAACGCAAAGCCACGCUGAAAGAGGUCAUUGCCUACAUCAUGAAACAAAUCAAGACCCUAAAGCGCAAGAGGUGAUGGCUGAGGGACCUUACAUUCCUGGGUGCGUACUUGGUAAGUUCCUUUGCUAGAUGAUUGAUUGAUUUUAUAAACAUAAUGAAUCUGAACCAUGCUGCACAGUACCAAAUACAAAGCCACCAAAAAUGAUUAGUUGUCAGUGUCACAGUAAAAGACUAACCUACUAUUAUACCUUAUUUGGGAACUUACUGUGCUUUACAUUAGAGUUAUAAGAGUGGGUUAUAGUGAAAAAUGAAGCGUGGUCGCUUCUCUAUAGCUUAGAAAUGAAACCCUUGGAAGUAGAAUAAGAACUUCAGGGAAGCAUUCCGAGUUCUUGUUUGUCUUGUUCUCACUCUCUUUGUAUAAUUGCUUAGCAGUUCAAACAAGCCUGCUUCUGAUCAUGAUUAUAGCCUUCCUAUUCACAGUGUGGAGGGUAUUCAAGAAGGUGUAGCCGCUUUUGAAGAGGACGAUAGAUGCCAGGGCUGCUGCGAAACCGUGGAGCUUUGGUUAUGUGGUUAGAGCGUUGGUUCAGCUGAAUGCCUCUUCUGCAACUUGGAUUUAUGACCUCUUGACGACAACCAAUUAUGGGUAACAACUUGAACAUUUGUGAAGGUUUCGUUUGAAGACUUCCUGGUAGAGCUGGAUUUUAAUUAAUGGCACCCACAUUGAUUGGUGCAACCUCCUGUCCUGUUCCCUUUAGGGGUAAUUCAAUGGAGAUUCGUAUAACGUGGAAACAUUGGGUUUUAACUUUUCUGACUCGUUAAGAUAUUAUCUUUAUUGUCGUUGGAAACUCGGUUUUAACUUUCGUCUGUGAUUGGUGGCGUUGCUGCUCAGCGCUUAGUGUCGAUCACCUGCCUAACUCGGGGCGGUCUCGAUGAUUUAGAGGUCAAACAACUGGUAAAGAUAAAUGGGUAUCUCGAUAUUUAUGCCCGUAUAGCUAGGUUGAGUAAUUUAUCAUGGGGUGCAAUUUGAAUCAGGUCGAAUAGGAAAAUAUUAAAAAGAUUCAAUUUUCAUUACAAAGAUAAAGAAAUAUAUUAUAACAUGAUUAAUGUAGUUAAACUAUUAUAAAAAUCGAGAUUGUCAGUAGCUAAAUUAUGAGGUAAAAUCAUAAAUAAUAUGUUAAAAUUGCCUGUGAUUUUAGGCAAAAUUGGCUAAGAAUGAGACGUGUUAGGACAAAUCAGAUCGUAAAAAGUACCCAUACCCCUAACCCAAAAUAAAUCGGAUCGAAAUUAUCGUUUCUGCUUUCUAAGGAAGAAAAUAACAUAUUCAAUGUAUCUACAAAUAUAUGGCUUUUGUCCUUACAACCAUAAUUUGUGUUUUUAAGAGAACAUGAUGGAUAUAUAUAUAUAUAUUAUUUAUCAAAAACUAUUAUAGUCCAACAUCAAUGCAACCAUGAUUGAUUAGUUGAAGCCUUGAAGGAAGUAGUAUAUGCAUAUAAAAACAAAACGAAGACAAUCCUUCCCUUUCACACAAAAUUAAGAAAAGGGAAGCCGGCCGGAAUAACUUCAACUCAUUUCCCCCUGCAAAUUAUUUAAUCAGUAAAAAUCACUAACAAUU